AUGGGAAUAGAAAGGUAUGUCAUAGUGGAUUGGAAGGUUCUUGACAUCUUGAACUCCUGGGAGAAGAACAAAAACGCUUUUGGAAAAUACCAUCAUCAGUGUUUAAUCUACGCAAGACUUCUUCAGCUUCAUAUGGAUCUUGACUACCUGCCACACAUUCUGAUCAUACCCAUCAGGUCAAUAACUGGAAAAGACGUCUACCUUGCGUUGCUCUGGGAUUACCCUGAGGAUUGUAAACAAGCGAUUGAAAGCUUCAAGUGGUCUCUCACACUGCCCAAGCCUACAAUGAAAGUACGUGGAAGAAGGCCAUUUCUGGCAGAAGGACGCGUUGACAGAAGCUUGCCCAUGAGAUGUUUUCUUGACAUGGAUGCGAGUGCAGGAGAGUUGCUGGGUGCAUUUGGG